UGCUAUAGUAAAUGAGCAUGAUUGCAUCUGUUGGAAACAUCGCUAGUCUUCAUUUAUUACGGAAAAGUUUUAAUUCAAUUGUUUAAAAACAGAAUAAAAGGCAAAUCAUAAUGUUAAAGACAAGCUUGAAUGUAAAGGUCAUCAACAUCCUUAUUAUAUUGAUAGAAGUAUACAGCAGUUAUGGAGCUGUUUCUGGCAACAAUCUAUUGCUAGAGCCACCCAAUGGACCUAAUAGAUCUCCUGAGGAGGAGAAGAUUUGGUGCACAGCAGAACAGGUGCAUCUGAGCUUUGGCAGCUCAGUGUCAGAGAUGACAGUGAUGUGGUCCACUAGAGGAGACUGCAGCAUGCUGGUCCAGUACGCCCCACACCCCUGGAACCUCAACCACGCAGCAGAGGGGAUGAGUGUUGAACUUGCAGAUGCUGAGUUCAAUAGUUUCAAGUUCAUUCACAGAGCAGAACUAAAGGACCUGUUACCAUCAACAACGUACUACUUUCGUCCAAUGACCACAAGUAAUGUCGGAGCUGGUCCCUUGUAUUUUCUGACACCAGCUGCACCAAAUGUGACAAAUCCAGUCAACUUUCUGAUCUCAAGUCACCUGGAUACCACUGGAUCCAUGAAGCCUAUUGUAGAUGAAGCUCUGUCUGGCAAAUAUGCAGCUUUGCUAUACAAUGGUGAACUAGAAAGCCAGUUACACCCAACUGCCAUGGAAAAAGCUGAGGAGACUUUUCUUUCCCAACUCUCACAAGUGACAGCUUAUCUACCCAUGUUGACAGCUCCAGACAAAAAAGGUCCAACUACUGAAGGGGAAGAUGGGCUUUACCUGUACCGGAACAUUUUUUCUAUGCCUGGAACUGAUUGGCCAACACCUGCAGAUAAAUUGUGGUACAGCAUCGACAUCGGAUCCGUUCAUCUUGUCAGCUACUCCACUGAAAUGUUGUUUGAGGCAGACAACAGAAGAGCCAAGCUGCAACAAGAGUGGCUGGUGAAAGAUUUGAUGCAGGUCAACAAGAACAGGGAAGCAACUCCAUGGGUUAUAGCCCUUGGCAGCCAUCCCAUGUACUGUUCUUAUGGCGUUGCAGACACUGAUGACUGUGCCCAAAACACUUCUAAAGUCAAACAUGGGCUGGAGGACAUCUUCUACCACUUUGGUGUGGACCUGGUGGUAGAGUCCCGCCACAGUUUCUAUGAGAGGACAUGGCCCCAGUACAAAGGUGUGCUCCUCAACACCAGCUAUGUGCAGCCCAGGGCACCCAUACAGGUUGUCAUUGGAUACAACCCCACCCCCAAAGUCAGGGAUGAGAAUACCACCUCAGCCCCACCCACAGCAGCUGAAUGGUCAGCUUUCCACCUCAGUGAGCCAACCAACAUGAGCUACGCUAGGCUGUCUGUCAUCAAUGCUAGCCAUCUGCGCUGGGAACUGGUGUCUGACCAGUCUGUGCUGGACACUUUCUGGCUCAUACAGGACAACCACGGCAACUUUAGCCUCGCCAGCCUCCCCCACAACAUCAGCCACCAGAUUAACCAGACCAUCCUGGCCCUGGGGGGCAAGCCUGGCACGUACGACUUCAUCAGCGGCAGCUCAGGUGACCCGCAGGAGGUGGAGGGCUGGUCCCAGUACUCUCUGUGGCUGGGCUUGGCCGUGCUUGCCGCAGUUGUCUUCCUGGUGCUGGGGGCGCUCAUGCUCAGGUCAUGCAUUAGAAAGAAACGUGCCAGGGGCGGGCGUCGGUGGAGGGACGUUGACCGAGACUCCAGCGGCAGUGGCAAUUUCUACUCUGUGGGCUCCGACUCUGACUCUGAUGACAAUGAUUUUGAGAUCGACGUCUAUGACAAGGCCAGUAAACAGAGCUCUAAGCUGCUCACAUCCUACUAGUGUAGCCUGGAGAUGUGCACAUACAAAGACAUGCAUACUUCAUUUCUUUUCCUGAGUUCAUUGACCUUUUGUCUUUCUACACCAAGUAGUUGGAGUGGGUAGGUUUUUGUGUGUUUUGUUGGGCCCUUAAGGAUGUGGGUGGCUUUUGUGAAGAUAUUUUUGUUUCGCUCACUGAGAUCUGUUGCUUGAAUCUCAGUGCUUAUAAAUGACAACUUUGACUUUCCCGUGUCAACAUUUUAUGCUGGUGCUACAUUUAUCAUUGAACACUUAGCAAGAUAUCUGAUAGUUCACUGGAUGGUUUCAGAUGUAUUUGGUCUAAAACUUUGAUGCUUCAGAGUUCAGUAAAAACAGCUGAUGUUAGCACAAUGAUGUUGGCACAAUGUCGCUGAUGUUAUCAAAUUUGGAACACAAUUCAUUUAGUUGUCUUGUUAGUACAGUACAACUCUUUCAGCUGUUGGCCAUUUUUAGAUCUAGAGGCCUGAAAAACAGUUUUAAAUCUAAAGCUUUGAAAGGCAAGAUUAAUUUAAGCCAGCACAUAAAACAUAAUGCCAUGUUUUCUUAAAUUAUCAUCACUUUUUUAAUACCUCUUAUAAUUCAUUUUGAUAUUGUAUAAUCAUUAAUUAUCUAAUAUCAGCAUUAAUUAUAUUAUUUUUCUUGUUUAAUAUCUGACACCAUAACUUAAAAUGAAAGUUUUUAAAAAGCUAAGUGUUGUUGUAUAUCUGUGGUUUUUUGCUAACGUCCCGAUGAAAUUGGGUUUUUUAACUAUUUUUGUACAUGCUGUUUUUUUGCAUUUUCACAAAUGUGCAACUCUUGCAUAUUUCUAGGUUUGUUUUUAUUGAAACUUUCUGUACAAAGAUUUCUUGUGAUUGUUACUAAAAUGUCACAGGGUUAUCGUCACUAAAAUGUCACAGGGUUUAUGUCACUAAAAUGACACAUGGUUUAUGUCACUAAAAUGACACAGGGUUUAUGUCACUAAAAUGUCACAGGGUUUAUGUCACUAAAAUGUCACAGGGUUAACAUCACUAAAAUGUCACAGGGUUUAUGUCACUAAAAUGUCACAGGGUUUAUGUCACUAAAAUGACACAGGGUUAACAUCACUAAAAUGUCACAGGGUUAUCGUCACUAAAAUGACACAGGGUUUAUGUCACUAAAAUGUCACAGGGUUUAUGUCACUAAAAUGUCACAGGGUUAACAUCACUAAAAUGUCACAGGUUUAUGUCACUAAAAUGUCACAGGGUUUAUGUCACUAAAAUGUCACAGGGUUAACAUCACUAAAAUGUCACAGGUUUAUGUCACUAAAAUGUCACAGGGUUUAUGUCACUAAAAUAUCACAGGGUCCGUUCAAUUUGUCACCCACUGAUGUUACUGCAGAACUCUGUACAGACAGCAGGUAGUGCAAGCACCCUGUCAGGUUUGUUGUGGCAGGUUUGUUGUGGCAGGUUUGUUGUGGCAGGUUUGUUGUGGCAGGUUUGUUGUGGCAGGUUGUCCUGGCAGGUUUGUUGUGGCAGGUUUGUUGUGGCAGGUCAUCCUGGCAGGUUUGUUGUGGCAGAUUGUCCUGGCAGGUUUGUUGUGGCAGCGCCUCGAUCAUGGCCGACAGCGCGUCUCUUCCUGUCCCAGUGUUUUCUUAGCAAGUUCAGACUUGCGAUAAAUAUCCUGAAGGUUAUCUUGUCACAUUCAAAUAAGUGUCACAUUCAAAUAAGUGUCACAUUCAAAUAAGUGUCACAUUCAAAUAAGUGCUGUUUACAGCAAGUUGCAAUGUUUACUCUGUACAUUCAGAGUUUUGUGAAAAUCAACUCAUUUAUCAUUCUAGUCAUGUUAUAUGGGAGCCAUGGUUCAUGAUAUAGGGGCUCAUGAUAUAGGGGAGCCAUGGUUCAUGAUAUAGGGGCUCAUGAUAUAGGGGAGCCAUGGUUCAUGAUAUAGGGGCUCAUGAUAUAUGGGAGCCAUGGUUCAUGAUAUAGGGGCUCAUGAUAUAGGGGAGCCAUGGUUCAUGAUAUAGGGGCUCAUGAUAUAUGGGAGCCAUGGUUCAUGAUAUAGGGGCUCAUGAUAUAGGGGAGCCAUGGCUCCAGUUGUAAGGGGAACAAUGGCUCACAUUUUUGGCUCACCACACCUGUCAAUUUUUUCUUUAGUCACAUGGCACAGACUUGUGUCUUGCUGUCGUUGUCAGUCACAUGGCACAGACGUGUGUCUUGCUGUCGUUGUCAAAGACGUGUUUUUUUUUCCUGAUCUAGAAUAAAAGUUAAAAACAAAAGACUCUUCUAUCCCUCCCAACCAUUAGUUCAUGUAAGUUAGCCUCACGUUCUCAUGUAAGUUAGCCUAACGUUCUAAACAUUUAUUCCAUUGAAAUUCAGUAUCAGGUCAUUUUUUAUUUUAUCCCAUCCUGUGUUUGAUUUCAUUUUUUUUUUAUUUGUAAAAAUAUUUGGAUGCUAUUUAUUAAAACAAAGUAUGUAGAUAUUAUCCAUGUAAUGUUACAUUUGUAGAAUGUAUUUGGUUUGACACAAUUAUUUUUUUUCAAAUAUUUAUACUACUUGAGAGCCACAAGUAUAAUUAUGUCAUGUUUGGUUAAGCAUGGCUUAUGCUUGGUUAAGCAUGGUUUGUCAUGCUGAUUAAUUUAAAAUUUUCUAAUGUUAAUUCACUGGUGUACUUAAAGUAAAUUAUGUUAUUGUUUACAUUGCUUACUUUGUAAUAUUUAUAGUAAAAUCUUGUAGUAUUGAUGUCACAUGACUAUGAAGUGUCAUGUGGCUAGUCAUGUGAUGUUCUCCUGUGUGCACAGAGGCCAAAGUUUCGCCAGUCCUGGUCCCCAGUGAGACCCCACCAGUUACCUGUACACUAUUUCAGUCAAAUGAUGCAUCAGUGAGACCCCACUAGUUACCUGUACACUAUUUCAGUCAAAUGAUGCAUCAGUGAGACCCCACUAGUUACCUGUACACUAUUUCAGUCAAAUGAUGCAUCAGUGAGACCCCACUAGUUACCUGUACACUAUUUCAGUCAAAUGAUGCAUCAGUGAGACCGCACCAGUUACCUGUACACUAUUUCACUCAAAUGAUGCAUUUCUAUUGGAAUGCAGGCCUGCUUUUUUAUUAGCAUUUUUAACUUGGGAUUUUUGAAGCAGUCCAUUUUUGAGUUAAUUUACAAACAACACAAAGGCUUCUGUUUUGAUCUAGAAAAAAAUGGCUGUUGUGAAUCUUCCAGGGAAAUCAAGACAAAUAAAUGCAAUAUUGUGAGGCUGAAGCUCUUCAAUAUGGAGAUAAAAAUACCAAAGUUGAUUGAAGUCCAAUGUUUUUUUUUAUCUAGUUGGUUUUGUGCUGGCAAAUAUCUGGCUCUGUUGGUAGCCCCAACAUUUUUAAUAUCAGUUGUCAGUUAAAACAUUCCAAUGUAGCUGUGAACUUUGAACUUUUUUCUUCAAACAAAUUUUACUUGUAGAAAAAGCCUUUUGAGUUUUCUGUACAUAAUCAUAAAUUAUUUGCGUUUGUCCUUGCUUAACCUCAAGCCUGGGAUUAAAGGCUGCAACUGAUGACAGUAUCAAGUAUGCUUGACAAUCUUCUCAACUUACCAGACAAGAAAACUUGACAAUCUUCUCAACUUACCAGACAAGAAAACUUGACAAUCUUCUCAACUUACCAGACAAGAAAACUUGACAAUCUUCUCAACUUACCAGACAAGAAAACUUGACAAUCUUCUCAACUUACCAGACAAGAAAACUUGACAAUCUUCUCAACUUACCAGACAAGAAAACUUGACAAUCUUCUCAACUUACCAGACAAGAAAACUUGACAAUCUUCUCAACUUACCAGACAAGAAAACUUGACAAUCUUCUCAACUUACCAGACAAGAAAACUUGACAAUCUUCUCAACUUACCAGACAAGAAAACUUGACAAUCUUCUCAACUUACCAGACAAGAAAACUUGACAAUCUUCUCAACUUACCAGACAAGAAAACUUGACAAUCUUCUCAACUUACCAGACAAGAAAACUUGACAAUCUUCUCAACUUACCAGACAAGAAAACUUGACAAUCUUCUCAACUUACCAGACAAGAAAACUUGACAAUCUUCUCAACUUACCAGACAAGAAAACUUGACAAUCUUCUCAACUUACCAGACAAGAAAACUUGACAAUCUUCUAACCUCAACUGACUAGAAAAGAAAACUUGACAAUCUUUUGAAUCAGCUGGCUAGACUGCAAAACUUGACAAAUUUGAAACACACCCUGACACCUAUUUGGUAGGUUUACAAAGAAUUCCAUGCUGCCAUAAUAUCCUGUGAGAUUAUUUAUAAAUGGAUGUUUAUAUUUGCAUUCAUCAUGUUCACUUUGUUUCUUGAAUUUACCAUGCAACUUAAUGUUUGCUUGUAUUCACAUAUGGCUGUGUAUGUGUUCAACUUGUAUUUCGUCUGAUUGUAUUAAAUACAUAAACUUAAACAAUCUAUUCAUCAUGUUUACUUUCUUGACAAAUUGUAUUACACUUAACCAUGU